UCUUCAUCGUUGUGAUAUUACAGAAGAAGAAAAAUCAAAAACCAUCUCCGUCGGUCGAUUUUAAAUAAGACUCUGCUCUCCUCUCGGUAGUAUCGAGAGAUCGAAAAUGGUUGCUGUGCAGAAAGAGAAGGUUUGUGUUACCGGUGCCGGAGGUUUUCUGGGUUCGUGGGUCGUCGAUCUUCUCCUCUCUAGGGAUUACUUCGUCCAUGGCACUGUCAGAGACCCUGCAACGAUGAUGAUGGAUCCGACGAUGGUGGAUUAUCACUUACAGCUUCGUAGUGCUGGUCCGAAAACAGUGGUAUGGAUAUUAACUCGGCGAUUGAGUAAGUACGGUGGAGCAAUUCUCUGCCUUUGUCACAAUAGGACAUCGUCGAGUGGCCAAGUAUCCGGGAUGAUGGAUUUCUUCUUUCUUUUUUUUUUGCGUUUCCAGGUAGUGCUUUUGUGGGCUUAGAUAGUGCUUUCCAGGUAUGAUUACUUUAUAACAGUGAUUUGUGCAUAGGUUGUAUGAGCUUUGAUGAUAAAGCUAAGUCGAAUCUAGCUGUACUCAUGUCUGUGCUUCUGCAAAUUUCAUAGUCAAAGGUAAAUUCAAUAAAACCAAUACAAUCUUUUUUUUUUUUUUGAAAGAUAAAAUUCUUUUAUUGAUGAAGUUGUUGUUAGUACCAAGAAGCUUGUGAAAGCCACUAAGAAAUAAAUCGACAAGUGGAUAAAAUGAUGGAACAUUAGGAAAAUUUUAGCUUGUUGCAUUGCAGCUGCCAAGUAAUGUUAGUGUUGUUUCUAUGUUCUUUAAAUCAAGAAUGUAGGGGGAUAGGUAUAACGUUCAUAUCUGAUAUCCCUCAAGAAUCUGUGUCAUAGUAGGUUUUAGCUUCUCAAGAUUGUUAUGCUCGGUUGCUUGUAGCCCUUGUCCUAGGCCUUAGAUAACUUGGAUUUAGUUUUACGCUGCUUUUAAAUUCCAGAGUCGUACAUUAUCUGGUAAAAGUUAAAACAUAUUCACCUUCUUGGUUAGAUUGGGUGUUAAUAAAUACACAGUUUGCUUUAUAGUCCACUUUUUGUGCUCAUAUGUUUAUGUCUACUACACAGUCUAAUUAAGUCUAUAUGUCUGGAGGCAUUUCUGAAUUUAUUUUUGAAUGAUCAUCUCUUUGUUUGUGCUGUUUUAGAUCGGUUGUUGUAUGGAGACUAUAUGCGCUGGCUUUGUUACUAAAUUCUCCGGUGAUUUGAAUUGACACGUCGUUGUUGUGUGGGUUUAAGAGAUGGAUUUGGUUACCGGCCAAAACAAAUAUUUUCUUGUUAGAUACACAUGGUACACUUUUAAACUUACCUCUUCCAGCUUUUGUUCUCUCUCCGUGCUAAUAACUUUGUGCAUAAGGUUGACUGGUCGAGUCAAAAAGCUUAAGGAACAUCAUGUUACUGAUAUGUGGCUGAGAUACUUUAUUGUGAUGCAUGAAAGAUAUUCACUUAAAUGAAAAAGCUGAUGUGUUAUGCUUAUGAGAUCAUAAUGUUUGGAUCGGUUGGCAAUGUCGUCAUCUCUAUGUUUAUUUCAUCUUAGUUAGACGAGAACUUUCAGUAGAUUCAACGAAGUACAGUGGUAUGAAUGUCACAUGAGUGUUUCUUCUUUCACUGAUUUCUGCUAAGUCUAUAUGCAUUAGUUUUGGUAUAUUCUUAGAUUUUUUACGGACUCUUCGAAUAAUUUUUUUUGUUUUUGAAGGUUGGGCGACUGAUAAAUAUUAUGUUUGACAGAAAUAUGGAUUCUCAUGGUAUGAGUAAGAGAGAUAGACGUGGAAGGCAGAAGAAUUGGAGAAACAAAUCCAAUUAUAGGCCUGAGUCUGAGUUUUACACUUCUGACUCUUAUGGUUUUGAUGAUUUGUUGUUUCCCAUGAGUCCCAGGAGGUGGAAAGGCAGCAGAAGCUGUCGGACCCAAUGCCACACCUCAAAUGAUGAUUUCACUUACAGUGAUGAUGGACGGACUGGAAGAGUAAAAAGAAAAUUUCAUUUAAAGGAUUUUUCUGAGAAAAAACUCUAAGGAGUAUAAUGUAGCUCUUUUGGCAUUUGAUUACCAGAGUGUUCAUCUCCUGUUAAAUAGUCUAAUACUGUACUAAUAUUAUCAAAUACAUACUUCUCA